AUGAAGCUUUUUACUUGUCUUUCUGUUCUGCUGGCAACUGCCCUUGCCACCCCCCUUGCCAAGUCCACCAAGGAGUUUCGCCUCAAGACUGUUGGUGCAACUCAUGCCAAACAUAACGACCUUUACCUACACACCUACCACACUGGUGCUGGGUUGAAUGAUGCUACUCUUGGAAGUAAUGGCACCAGUGCUCCCUCAUUCUAUUUGAAUGAAACCCGUGCCCUUGCUGACCUGGGUACUGACUUUACUUGGGGCUUGAUCGCCACUGGGGAUACCAACUAUGCCGCAUGGGAGCCAAUUGAAAUUAAUGCAGGUGGUGGCAGUACUGGAUUCUCUAUUACCAAUGGCACCUUUGUGUGGGAUAAAGCAAGUGGUUUUGGGGGCUGGCUUGUCUGCGACUGGUUCCACAACACUCCUCAGUUGUUCUACCUUUAUCGCUACUACGAUGCCACUAUUCCUUCCAGCUGCAGCAAGGCGUUGCUGAAGCCGAUCUAUAAAUAG